AUGUCAAGAUCGUCAGCCUCACCACACGCUGCCUCGCCAGCCCCAGCUCCCACCCUUCUCCUCUCCGUCCUCCUCCUCUCCUCUCUCCUCGGCCGUGCCCUCGCCGCCAACUCGCAGCCCGCGCCGCUCCCCACCCUCCAUGCCGUCGUCGCGCCGGGCGCCGCGGCCGCAGCACCGGACGCCGACAGGAACCACUACAACAACGCCGUCCACGACAACCAGCAGCGCGCGCAGCAGCCGUCCGGGCCGUACACGCCGCUCGUCACGCCGGCGCCGUCGGCCGUCAGCGACGACCAGGCCCUGAGGGACCAGGGCUUCCGCCAGGAGACGUUUUACACGUGCAUGACGGCGCCGAGCGGCCGCGAGCACUGCGGCUGGCACACGCCCGUCCUCAAGCAGGCCAAGCAGGGCAGCGCCGCGGCGGCCGUCAUGGCGCCGCGGCAGCGGACGGAUGUGCGCAUCGUCGUGGCCGCCGUCGUGGGCUUGGCGGGCGUCUUUGUCGUGGGCUUGAUGUGA